AUGACGACAACACAAUUCUCGCGUAAUCUGAACUUACUACGUGAUGUGAUGAGCGGCAAAACUUUAAUCUCGUCAUACAUUCUGAAUUAUGAUUGGCCAAUCGAUUUGGAUAGGACGUAUACGACAAUACCAGUUCGUCCAAUACAAAUGAAGAAUGGAUACUCAUGUGGGACACGAAAUGAUUGCAUCGAAUCAGACGGAGUGUAUGACCGUAUAACAGAUUUGCAAGAAUUUGCCGUACCAGGAUGGAAUGUCGGUUGCUCAGGCGUUGAACACUAUUGCGAUCGACUAUGGAAUGCUUUUACAAUUCCACAUGCAUAA